AUGACGCUCGUUACGGUGCCUUCAACGUCUCUUAUCACUGCUGCUACAGCCAGCGACGAUGCUUCAGCAGACGCUCACUACACAACCGGACAUGCUACCGCCGUCGGUGCUACUGUUGAACCGGCACCCGCGUUUGAGGAACCGCCGCUCUCGCGUCAGCGGAGGGAGACGGAGGAGCUGUUGUUGGCGGUUAACUCGAGCGUGCUGCUGCGGAUUCUGUCUGACGUCAGCCUGUCUGCGGAGGACCUCGCGCGCCUCGAGCUCGUGUGCGGGUUCUUCCGCCGCCCCGCGCAUCUGACUCCGCACCCGCGCCUCUCGUUGGCGGAAGUGGCGGCGCACGACCGCUGCCAGCAGCACUCCCUGCGCUUCCGCAUGCUGCCGCGCGCGCAGCAGCGCCUGCUGUGGGCGCGCUGCGGGCGUUCGUGGAAGCUUCUACUGCGUUUCCUUAUCACCAGCGACGCCUGCAUCAGGCACGGUCAGCCCCAGGUGGCAGCGGGAUGUGCACACAGCGUAGCGGUGGGGCGCGGUGGAGAGGUGUGGACGUUCGGGCAUGGGUCGGCGGGGCAGCUGGGGAGACCCCUGGCUGCUGCUGGCAGUGCUGGUGCGGCUGCUGGUGGUACUGCUGCUGCUGCCGCUGCUGCUGGUUAUGCUGGUUUUGCCGCUGCUGCAGCUGCUGCUGUUGGUGGGUUUGCUGGGCUUGCAAACGAUGUGACAACCACUCUGGCAGCCACUGCAACGGGGGCUGUGACUGUGACUUUAAGGAGUGGGAUUGAAAGGGGGCUGGUGGGGAGUGGUGAUGCGUCCGCGGAACCUUCCUGGAAGCCACAGAUUGUGAGGUCGCUUCAAGGGGUGCGCGUGGUGCAGGCAGCAGCAGGCAGGGCGAGGACAAUGCUAGUCUCAGACACAGGCUCGGUGUAUCACUUCGGCAGGGACUGCUUCGGCGACCAGGAAUACUCCCUCACCUCCCCCGAGCCUGUCACCGAGCCUCGGCUCGUGGAGUCGCUUCGGCACAUUCAAGUUGUUCAGGUCGCGUUGGGGAAUUUCUUCACAGCAGUGCUCUCAGCAGAAGGCCGCGUCUUCACUCUCUCUUGGGGCGGCCGGGGGGACGGCAGACGCACCACCAUCACUGCUGCUGCUGCUGCCGCUGCCGCUGCCGCUGCCGCUGCUCCUGCUGCUGUUGCUGCUGCUGCCGCUUUCCCUGUUGCUGCUGUUUCCGCUAAUUCUGACGCUGAUGGUGAUGGUGAUGCAAGCCAGAGCUUCAAUAAUGCCGUUGCAGCAGGCAGUGAGUUCCGAGGCGAGAGGCUCGGGCACGCCACCGAUCCUGCGGACACCGUGCCGCGGCAGCUUGCCGGACCUGGGAUGAGCGCCGUGCUUGGGCUGGGUGUAGGGGCGAGGGGAGGGGGUUGUGGGGGGAGGAAGGGGAGCUGCAAGUGUGGUGAAACGCGUAUGGAGGUGGAGGAGCAAGGGGGAGAGGACGAGGAGGAAGAAGAAGAUGAAGAGGAGGAGGGCGGGAUAGUGUCUCUCCCAGUGGUGCAGAUAGCAGGAGGACACUGCUACCUGCUCGGGUUGACUUGCGCCAAGGAGCCUCACGGCAGGUCUGUCUGGUCCAUAGGCUGUGGUCUGGGCGGCAAGCUAGGCCACGGCACAAAGUACGACGAACGCCGCCCAAAGGAAAUCGCGCACUUCAAAACCCUAGAGUUCGCCCCCACAGCCAUGGCUGCGGGCGCGUGGCAUGCCGCUGCUGUUGCUGCUGAUGGGAGAGUUGCCACGUGGGGGUGGGGCAGGCACGGGUGCCUGGGGCAUGGGAAGGACCAGUGUGAAACGCUGCCCAGGGUUAUUGAGAGCUUGUGUAAAAAGGAGGAGGGGGAUAUGAGCAGUGGGGUGAAUGGGGGGGGUGGUGGUGGCGCUGGUGCUAAUGAUGCUGCUGGUUCUCGUGGUGCUGCCCCUGCUUCUGCUGCUGCUGCUGCUUCUGCCCCUACUGGAUCAGUGGCACCUGCCAGCAGGGAUGAAUCGCACGGCUCACAUGGCAAGCUCCAUCCAGCCGUCAAAGCCUGCCACGUGGCAGCAGGGGAUUACACGACGUUUGUGGUGGGGGAGGGCGGCGAGGUGUGGUCGUUUGGAAGCGCGGAGAGCGCAUGCUUGGGGCAUGGCGGCGGGUGGGAGAGGGAGGAGGAGGAGGAAGGGGAAGAAAUCGACGAUCCUGAUUUGCACGAUAUCAUGCUGCGGCAGCACCGGAGGCGCAAUCGGGAUGUGAUGCAGCCCAGGCGAGUGUCUCUGCUGGAGGAGCGAGCUGCCCACCCCCCUGCUUCUCUACCUGCUGCUGCUGCUACCGCUCCUGCUGCUUCGGAUGCUGAUACUGCUGGUGCACUCCCGUCCACCGUCAACCCACUUGCCCCUCCAGCUGCUGCUACCCCUCCUGUUGCGGCCACUCUUGCUGCGUCCACGUUGCUAGGUGGGGGGACGGCCGAUGCAAGGGGCAGUGUGAGAGGGCUGUUCACGUGGGGCAGUCUACCUGCUGCUGCCACUGGGGGACGAGUGAGCGUGAUUGGAAUGAUUCCUGUUACUGCCACGGCUGCUGCUGCCGAUACUGCUACUGGUGCUGCUGCAACGGUUGCUGCUGCCAAUGGUCCUGCUGGUGACGUCACUCCUGUAACACCGCUCUUGUCUGUGGUUACCAGUGGCUCUGGCAACGGCAGUGGAUGUCUGGGUAGUGGAGAUGGGAGUGGGAGUGGUAGAGAUGGGAGUGGGAGAGGCAGCGGUGAUGCCAUGGCUGUGAGCUUGAGUGACUGGAUGAACAGCAUCGUCAGUAGUAGUGUUGGUAGCAGCAACGUCGGCAGCAGCAACGUUGCCAGCAGCAGCAGCUCUGGCCUGGAUAGCCCCAGCGGCAACAGCAGCAGCAACACCAACUCCAAGACCAGCAACAGCAACGGAAACGGCAGAAGGAGCACCAGCGAUGCUACAGGCAGCAGCAGCAGCAGCAGCAGGAGGGGUACGGUGGUGCAGAUAA